CUCUUGUGUGUUGUAUUACCGUGUAUUAGUUAUGUUUGUGCGUCGAAUGUAGAAUGUAAAAUGAAGUGACCGUUUCCGUUCCCCGAACUUCCGCUUUGCACGUGUGUUUACAAAAAAUGUGGAGCACUGAGCACCAGUAAUAAUAUUCUAAACACACACUCGCUAACUGUUAUCCGGUUGAAAACAUGGGGAAGCUGAAUGUCGUGGUGUUGAGAUACUUAUCUCGAGAUGACUUCCGAGUCCUCACAGCGGUUGAGAUGGGGAUGAAGAACCAUGAGAUUGUCCCAGUGAGUCUCCUGUCCUCCAUCGCUAGCCUCAAACACGGCGGCUGCAACAAGAUCCUCAGAGAGCUUGUCAAACACAAACUUGUGGCCUAUGAACGCAACAAGACUGUGCAAGGUUACAGGUUGAAUAACGGAGGAUAUGACUACUUGGCUUUAAAGACCUUUUGCUCCAGAGAGGUGCUCAUUUCAGUUGGCAAUCAGAUGGGUGUGGGCAAAGAGUCAGAUAUAUAUAUUGUGGCGAGCCCAAACAACGAGCAGUACGCUCUAAAGCUCCACAGAUUGGGUCGUACGUCCUUCAGGAACCUGAAGAACAAGAGAGAUUACCACCAACACAGGAAAAACAUUUCCUGGCUCUACCUUUCUCGCCUUUCUGCCAUGAAGGAGUUUGCCUACAUGAAGGCGUUGUAUGAUCGGGGCUUUCCUGUUCCCAAACCUGUGGACUAUAACAGACAUGCUGUUGUGAUGGAGUUCAUCAAUGGAUAUCCACUGUAUCAGGUGCAUGAGCUGAAGGAUCCACCUGCACUGUACAAUGAGUUUAUGGAGCUCAUAGUCAAACUGGCCAAUCACGGCCUGAUACAUGGAGACUUUAACGAGUUCAACCUCAUGCUGGACGACCAGGACCACAUAACUAUGAUUGACUUCCCUCAAAUGGUGUCCACCUCGCAUCCUAAUGCUGAAUGGUAUUUUGACAGAGAUGUCAAAUGUAUCAAAGAUUUCUUUGCCAAACGAUACAAUUACGAGAGCGCGGUCUUCCCAACCUUCAAAGAUAUCAGGCGGUCUUAUUCUCUAGAUGUCGAAGUCUCAGCUAGUGGCUUCACCAAGGAUCUGGAGAGAGAUGCUGCGUUGCUGCACCCAGCUGGACCUGAGGAAGAGGAUGAAGAGGAAGGUGAUGAUGAAGAGACGACAGACGAGGAGGUAGAAAAAGAAGAAGAGAGUGUGGACAUGGAGGAAUAUAAGCAUGCAAUGCUAGAACUGGAAGGUCUGAAAGUCAGCGACUCUCAUCCAGACAUACAAGAUAAGGAGAAUAAGAGUGAAAAAAGGGAAGAACAAAAAGGAACUGAGACAUCUACUGCUAGAAGUGAUGAAGAGGGGGACUUGGAGGAAGAGUUGAAUGAGGCAGAGGAUGAGUGUCCAGAGCUAGAAGAAGACCUUUCCGCCUCCAACAAAGAGUUCAAACCCUUCAGGGACUCAGACGGUCUUCUACAUAUGGCAGAACACAGGAGGAUGAGGACGGACAGUGAGGGGACAAUGGGCAGUAUAGGGAGCUGCUCUACAAUACCACCAGAGGUAGUCCGUCAGAAGGUGCGGAGGCAGCUCACCAAACAACAGAAGACCGCACAGAGGAGACGUUUGCAGAAGGGAGAAGCCAACUUGGUGACUAAAUCCAGGAGAGAAAACCAAGAUAACAUCAAAUCUAGUAUGGAGACCGCCUCUUUCUGGGGAUAAAUGGGACUGCAGAGAAUUCAUGUCCACAUUUUGUUUUGUAUGGUUAACAUGUAUGCUGCAUUGUUCCUCUGCUAUGUCUGAAAUGAUAGUUGAUGAAAAACAACUCAACUGUGCCUUACUGUUAUGGAAAAUACAUGAGAGAAGAGGAAAAACAAACUGUUUUCAGCAGCAGCAUUAGUGAACUAUCAAGAUCAACCUUCCAGUCUAUUGUAAAUAUUGACUGCUUAUAAUAAACCUGUGUGUUUGAUAAUUAAACCAUUUUAAACAUUA